UCAUUCAUUAUUCGAGGAUGUAGCCCGCUUGUUGCAAUUAAUUAGUGGAUGUGUGCGAAUCGGCAUCGUCUUGCUCGCAGUAAUGUUGCGGUAGUUUUGAGCGUUCGAUUACUCAUUGCGUGCAUUCGCUCCGAAUUCAAAUUGAUGGCAUUGUCUGCUCCUGCCUGCGCGUUAAUUAAUUCUUGCGCCGGAUUUAACUCCGCUCGCUUAUACGUUGUCGCUGGUGUUCUAAUGCCGCGAUUGCAACAAUGACAAUCGGGUUUAUAUCGUUCGCAUCGCUCCUAAUGACAAGUGCAAGCCUCGACUGCGUGAACUAAAUCCGUCUGGGCCAGUGCGGGCAGCUUCUUGCUUCGUUUUCGAUUGCAAAUUGGAAAUAUAUCACUUCGAUGUCGUGCCGCUCGUGAAAGCCCUUUACAUAUGAAUGUGACGACUUGUAACUAUGAGUGAGCUGCAGGCUGGUGGUGGAGCCAUGCCCGAAGUAGCCGGCGAGCGAAGGCUGCGCCAGCUGGAGUCCCUCUUUUUGGGGGGCCCAGUGCAGGGGCAGACCUUCAGCAUCGAAACUUUAGUGGACGUGCUCUUGAUUUUAUAUGAUGAAUGCUGCAAUUCCAGUUUACGGCGGGAGAAGACUGUUUCUGCUUUUAUAGAAUUUGUAAAACCUGUGGCUACGAACAUAAAGUCUAUGCGAUUGACUAGAGAUGAUUUUGAAAUUAUUAAAGUUAUCGGUAGAGGAGCAUUUGGAGAAGUUUGUGUUGUGAAGAUGCGAGGUUCGGACAAGGUGUUUGCCAUGAAACUACUUAACAAAUGGGAAAUGUUGAAGCGCGCAGAAACGGCGUGUUUUAAAGAAGAACGUGAUGUUUUAGUAUACGGAGAUCGCCGAUGGAUAACUCAUUUGCACUAUGCCUUUCAAGAUGAAUCGAACCUUUAUCUUGUUAUGGAUUAUUACUGCGGUGGGGACUUGUUGACAUUAAUAACGAAAUUCGAGGAUCGUCUUCCAGAGGAUAUGGCCAGAUUCUAUAUUGCAGAAAUGGUGCUGGCUAUUGAUUCAAUACACAAACUCCGAUACGUGCACCGUGAUAUUAAACCGGACAAUGUUCUGUUGGACGCAAACGGACACAUUCGCCUGGCCGAUUUCGGCAGUUGCUUAAAAUUGAACGAGGACGGCACGGUUCAGUCGAACGUUGCCGUCGGAACCCCCGAUUAUAUAUCGCCGGAAAUAUUGCGUGCAAUGGAAGACGAUCAGGGCAGAUACGGGCCGGAGUGUGAUUGGUGGUCGCUGGGCGUUUGCAUGUAUGAAAUGCUAUUUGGUGAGACGCCCUUUUACGCCGAAAGUCUGGUGGAGACGUACGGCAAGAUCAUGAAUCAUAAGAACUGCUUCGAUUUCCCCACCGACGUCGAAGUGUCUGAUGCCGCUAAAGACUUGAUUAGGCAAUUGAUAUGUAGUCAAGAGUUCAGAUUAGGUCACAAUGGUAUACUAGACUUUAAGAAUCAUUCGUGGUUUGAGGGUGUUGAUUGGGACGGUAUUAGAGACAGCAAUGCACCUUACAUACCAGAAGUAUCUAGUCCAACGGAUACGUCGAACUUUGACGUUGAUGAUGCCGAUAUUCGCACCUCCGACGUAGUGCCGCCAACCGCAGCGAACUCCGCCUUCACUGGCUUGCAUUUACCUUUUGUGGGCUUCACGUUCACAGGAGGUUGCGCGAUGUCUGACCUGAGUUCGUCUCCCGUGAAUAACAUAGAUAAACAAAACAAGAAGAACCAAGGCGGCGAUAUAAUGUCGUUAGGACUCUCUCAAGAACAUCCAGUUGAAAAACGGAUGUCUCCCGACGGCACACGUAAACUACAGGACGAAAUUAACGUCCUUACCAAGCGCAAUUGCGAAUUAGAAUCACAGUUACGAAGUUUUGAGAGUACCGGCACUCAAUCCAACGAAUCCCAGGAUGUCAUUGACGGCAAGCUGAAGGAUAUGGAAAAGAUCGUGCGUAUACUGCGACAGGAAAAGGACGAACAACUAAAAGAGAAGACCGACCUGCACGAAAAGCUGAAAUUACAAGACAAGGAACUGAAAGAUGCGCUGGCGCAACGCAAACUUGCAAUGGCGGAAUACACGGAGGUGUCAGACAAAUUGUCCGAACUGCGACAGCAAAAACAACGGCUGUCACGGCAAGUUCGAGAUAAAGAGGAGGAACUCGAAACGGCUAUGCAGAAAGUGGACUCGCUACGUAAUGACAUUCGCAAAGCGGAAAAGUUGCGAAGGGAGUUGGAGUCGCGUGUAGAGGAUGCGAUUGCCGAGACCGGAAAGGAGAGAAAAUUAAGAGAGCGGUCCGAGGAAUACUGUCGGCAGAUGCAGGCUGAAUCUGAUAGAUUGCGGGUGCGUAGUGCUAUGGAUCCGCGAGACCAGCAGGAUAACCAUAGAUUAAAAGCCGAAUUGGAAAAACUUGAGGUUCAAUAUAAUGAAAGCCUGACUCAACAACAAACUCGAUACAAUAUGGAACUCUCAUCGCUUAGGGAACAGUUACAUGAGACCGAAACGCAUCGCGAUUUAUUGGAACGCGAGGUGCAAUCGUUAAAAGAGAAACAGGAGAAGGCUCGCCUUGAGGCUCUAGUCGAUAAUGAACAAACAAUUUCCGAGCUAAACCACCGGCGCGAUAUGGAAAAACAAAUGAUGCUCGAGGAUAAUAACAAAUUGCAAUCCAAUGUGCAUUUUUUGACGGAGUCCUUGGGUCGGCUGCAGACAGAACGGAACGCUUUGGAAGUCGAGUACGAACAGCUGCGCGGCAAGCAAGAGAGUUUGGGCCAAUGGGAAUCGCAAUUAUCUGAAAUCAUUCAGUGGGUGAGCGAUGAGAAGGACGCCAGAUCAUAUUUACAAGCGUUAGCUACCAAGAUGACCGAAGAGUUGGAAUACCUGAAACAUACAGGUGUAACGAAUUCAGUCGGGGCCGAUAAGAACUGGAAGAAUAGGCGAUCUCAAAAGCUUGAAAAAAUGGAACUGCUCAACCUUCAAAGUUCGCUGCAAUCCGAAAUCCAAGCAAAACAGUCGAUAAGUGAAGAUUUGAGUAAAACACGCGCAGAGUUGUUGGCCGCUCAAAAAGAAAUCCUGGCAUGCAAGCAACGCAAUGAUUCAAUAUGCACCGACCUGAAGCGCAAAGAGAAGCAAAUUAAGGAUUUGCAGCAGCGUCUAGACUCUGGAGAAGGAUCAACAAUUGGAAUAUCAUCGUUUCUGCGACGCCAUAUUAAGGUACUCGAGAGGCCUUCGUCCCAAAUGAGCUACUUGGAUCAAUUUCUGAAGGAAACAAAUUCAAGUCAGCAGCAUCAUCAACAACAGCAACAGCAGCAACAACAACAUAUGCAUGCAGCGUUCGCAUUUGAGACGGGAUCAGCUCAACAGUUGCAUUAUUUGGGAACUUCAAUAGAGUCCGAGGAAGGUGAUAUUGAAGAUAACAGAGCACUUAGUAUUAAUAGCUCGAAGAGCAACUUGUCUGAGAUGAGUAUCCACACUCAGGCAUCCCCAAUGAAGCUAAAACUGCAUCAAUUUUUGGUGCGCACAUUUUCCAGUCCGACAAAGUGCAGUCAUUGCACAUCUUUAAUGGUUGGAUUGAUGCGUCAAGGUAUGGUUUGUGAAAUAUGCGGGUUUACAUGUCACACAGCUUGCUGUCAGCAUGUACCUAGCGCUUGCCCAGUGCCACCAGAUCAAACUAAGCGUCCAUUGGGCAUAGAUCCCACCCGUGGCAUUGGCACGGCGUACGAGGGAUACGUGAAAGUACCCAAGCCCGGCGGCGUGAAGAAGGGCUGGGUGCGGCAAUUUGUGGUUGUGUGCGACUUCAAAUUAUUUCUGUACGACAUAUCUACUGAUCGCAAUGCCUUACCGAGUGUUCACGUUGCUCAAGUCCUCGACAUGCGCGAUCCCCAGUUUAGCGUUAGUUGUGUUAAAGAUUCGGAUGUUAUUCAUGCGAACAAAAAGGACAUUCCUUGUAUAUUUAGGAUUACAACGUCCUUUAUGGAACCCCCCGGGCCCAGAAAUUCAAUGCUAAUGUUAGCUGACACGGAAGGCGAAAAGAAUAAGUGGGUUGUGGCAUUAUCAGAACUGCAUAGAAUUAUGAAGAGAAACAACCUACCCAAUACCACCGUGUUGAUAGCUAGGGAAUUGAUUGAUAAUUCCUUGACGCUUCUGCGGAACGCCCACAGUGCGGUGGUUAUUGAUCCUGAUAGAAUUGCUUUGGGGACAGAAGAAGGUUUGUUCUGCGUUGACUUGGAUCAUAAGGAGAUUGCUCGGGCCGGCGAAGGCAAGAAGAUAUAUCAACUAGAAUACAUCGCCGCUGAGCAGCUAUUAGUAGUAUUGAGUGGCAAGCAGCGUUAUGUAAGGCUUGUACCCGUAAGAGCUUUGGACGGCGAUGAGACCGAAUGGAUAAAGGUAACAGAAAGCAAAGGUUGUUCGUUAUUCACCGUGGGUGCAGUUCCGGUGAAUCCCGGCCCGGUGUACAUCAUUUGCGUGGCCGUGCGUAAACAGCAGAAUACUUCCAUCAUCUUGUACGAGAUUACACGGACUCGUGCACGACAUAACAGAUUACGUGAAAUACAGUUACCGGUCUGUGUUCAGUCUUUACAAUUGCUGUCCGACGGUAGAUUGUGUGUCGGUUCGCCAUCUGCCUUUACGAUUUACACCAUUGCAGGAGAUUAUCCGCCUAUUUCACUACUCCAUCCAGAAAAUCCACUCCAACAAACACUCGCUUGCAGUGCCGUGGAUGCACAUCGCGUGGUCGAAUUACCCAAGUUUGAAUAUUUGCUAGUGUUUGGCACACUAGCUGUGUAUGUUGAUCGCCACGGACGCAAGUCUCGGGACAGGGAAAUAAUGUAUCCGGCCGUGCCGACGGCGAUUGGCGUCCGGGAUGGGCACUUAAUUAUUUACAGCGAAACACAUAUUGACAUUUUUAAUUGCGUGACUGGCGAAUGGGUCCAGACGUUGAACGUGAAGCGUUCACGACCAUUACUUGAGACUGGGAGUUUAACACUUUGUGUCUUACAUGACUUAAUUAGUAUGCUUUACUUAUCUAAUAUACAUCAGCCGGAAGUAUUGAAUUUGGAGAAUCUUUUUGCUGUGGAUCGUGAUGGCAGGACAGUGACCAGGCCUAGACGACGGUUUUCCUUGAGAGAAGGCAACAAAUCUCAAAGAAUAAGCACCGAUCGCCGCUCUAAACUAAUUUCAGCACCAACGAACUUUAACCACGUUUCGCACAUGGGACCAGGCGAAGGCAUCGAAAAACAGCGACUCAUCGAUCUUACAGCGACCCCUCCGGGGCUUGUAGCUACUCCGGAAACUCCAUUGCCACCUCCUGUGCAACCUCGACCAACUAAAGUAGCACCUUUGCCACCGAAACACGGUGAACGCAGGCGCCCAGAAAUAUCCAACCCGCAACCGUUACGCCCCGGCGCGUUUCCAGCAUACAACGGAGCUCGUCGAGCGGCGCCGCCUCGACCUAGAGAACUGCCGCCGGCAUUACCACGACCCUCCGACACGUCACCAUCGCCGGAUCCCGCCAGCCUAGGCAGCAUGUCCUCGUUACACGAUAUGAUUAAAGUAACGUGCGACGCCUACUUUUCCUCACCCGAAAUAACCGCUACUCAUUUCCAGGGUACGGAAAGGAACAGCAGCCCUCGGCACUCGAUUGCCAGCAACAACAGUUCCAAUCUCUCGACACCGCCCUCACCGCAGGCGGAUCAUCAUCAUAGCUCGAGUUAUGAUAGCUAAAAGCACCACUCGAUGGUCACAGGCUAGAUAACAACAAAGAACUGGCAGUGGGCGCAGAAUGCGUUUGACGCUCAGCAUUCAACAUCUUCUGCUUUCUUAUUCUCCUUUCUUGCGUCGUCAGUUAAUUGUAUCGUUCGAUUCCUAACGUUACUUCAGUUACCUCGGCAAAGAAUUCCGCUGCCUCGAGUAAGCAUUUUCAUGAGAUUACUACUUAGUUUACACCUAAAAAACGACAGCUUUGGAGCCUCUUGUACUUAAUUUUUUUAUUCAUUGUGUAUAUUUACUAUUAAUUUAUUAUCACGAGAUUAUCGCGAUAUAGUUGUGUGUCUACAUAUUGAUUUUGUGGGUGGAACAAGUCAAUUAAUAGUUUGGAGCAAUAUUUUACAAAUCAAAAUAAAUCACUGACGAACGAGACAAUUAUAAGUUAGCGCCUGAACAAACACUUCAGAUAUAUGUUUUUAAUAAUUUUAUUUUACAAUUGAAAUAGCAGUUAGUCACUUAUGAAAUUUUAUUCAUAUAAAUAAAUAUAUAAAUAUAUAUUGUUUUUAUAGACGUUUAUUUAUAAAUGAGAGAAACGAAGUAAAAUCUGAACAAUUUUAUUAAUUUGUAUAACUAUGUACUGUAUUAUUUUGUAUUUUAUUUAUUAUUGUGUUAACAAUUUGUAUAUUGUGUAUUUUGUGAACGAGGCGGUUAGUACAAUUGGGUUAUGCGAUUUAACAAAUGUAAACCUUAGAGUAAACCAACCAAGUAGAUUAAAGAAAAGCAAGCAAGCAAGCAAAGUGUUAGUUAAAACUGCAUACUCGUAUUAGGAAAAGUCAUUAUAGGAUAAAUGCAAAUGAAUCGAUUUAAUCCUAUCAUUAUCGAAAAUUGAAAGUGAGACAAUAUUGUAAACUAAACAUUAUUAAUAAUACCAUGUUGCGAUUAGAACUCAACUAGCAUUUCAAGCAAAAUUCUUAGAUUUUAUAUAAUAUCUUCAUUGUUAUGCGAUAUUAAUAUCAGGAAUAUAUCGUCAAAUACGAAUCGAAUACACACAAUCACCCAUUAACAACACUAUAUGAAGACAACCGUUUUCUUUUUCUACGAUUUUUUAAAUGUUGCAACAUACUUAAAUAACGGUUUAAAUGAUUUAAGAUGCUAACAUACACACGUAAUGACACAUUUAUUUUCAUAAUUUAACAGUAUCGCGUAACGUUUAGUGAUUGACGAGCACGUAUGUCGUCCAAAAUGUUUUGUGUGUUAUAAGCUCAUUUCAAAUGUUGAUUUUGUAAUGUCAAUAUAAAUUACAAAAGAAGUGAAAUGAAAACAUGCGCAAUUUGAAACAAAGAUGAUUGAGAAUGAAUAAAUAUUGUUUUAUCAUUUAAUAUAACGAUAUAAUCCACUAUUGUAUAAAGUAUGAAUAUAUCUGUAAUUUAUUUGAAUGAA